AGAAAUGGAUCGCUGGGCAGGACGUGUUGCGUUGGUAACAGGAGCAUCGAAAGGGAUAGGAGAAGCCAUUGCUCGUGCUCUGGUUAAGAAUGGUAUGGUGGUGGUUGGAUGUGCCAGACACGUGGAAGAUAUGCAAAAAGCAGCCGCGGGACUUGAGGGCGAAAAGGGUCGUUUGAUUCCAAUGAAGUGCGACCUUACCAAAACGGAAGAGAUCGAGUCCAUGUUUCAAAAAAUCAAGGAACAGUUGGGCGGUGUCGAUGUUUGUGUUAACAACGCUGGUGUCGCCUUCUACCAGGAUUGCAAGACAGGGCCUUUAUCUGAUACCAAGACAAUGUUUGAUUUGAAUGUAUUCGCUGCCAUCACCGUUUCCCAGCUGACCAUUCAGUCCAUACAAGAAAGGAACAUGGAUGACGGGCACAUUAUCAACAUUGUCAGGUAA